AAAAAAAAAAAAAAACCCUGAAAGAAGGAAAUCCUGUCAUGAUGUCUGAAGACCAAGCAAGUGGAGAUAGUGCGACUGCGGCCACAAUAACAUCGUCAGACCCACCGUCAUGGGUAAAAAUCUUGUUAGAGCAGCAAGCCCACAUGCAACGCACGCAAAUGCAACAAAUGCAACAAAUGCAACAAACGCAAAUGCAACAGAUGCAACACAUGCAACAAACCUUGGCUGGGUUGACCACACAUCUCCAUUCCAACAGGGGCCCAUCUCCACAGCUUACAGCGCCUGCAGUGGGAGUGUCAACUGUGAAUUCAGAUCAAGUGACCCGAAGUCGCACAUCUCAUGCCACCCAAGAUGGCUUUGCUCGCCCCAGCCUGCAGGAACAUUCAAUUUCACACUCACCUGUAGUAUCCCAAGCCACACUUAUGUCUGCUCCACGUGCUGCUGACGGUGUAACAAACCAAUUUGCUGCUGAACUGGAUGUAAUUCAACAGCGGUCCCAGAGCACAGGCCCCCCUUGGCUGCUGUCUGAUUCAGGCGCUGUGGACAGGGCCAGAGGCAUGGAAAGGGAGAGAGGACGACAGCGUUUCACAGCUGCCACCUCUCGUACUCAUGGUUCCAGUCACAUACAAUCUGACGUUCCUCCAACUGCCCCAUAUGAUGGGCCUAGACCAAAAAUGGCGACGUAUGAUGGAAAAGAGGACUGGGAGCCAUUCUUGUUGCCAUUCGAAAGACUAGCUCGCAAAUAUUCAUGGACUGGUGCUGAAAGGGUCGACAAGCUGCAUGAAUGUCUUCGCGGCGCUGCCAUGCGCUAUGUAUGUUCCCUUCCAGAACACAUCAGAGAAGACUACACUCUGCUUAAAGAACACCUAACUCAACGCUUUGGUCAUCAAGAUCCCCCAACAACGGUUCGCAGAAAACUUGGAGAAUUACGCCAGUCAAAAGAGUCAUCUGCGGAGUUUGCAGAGGAGGUGAGACGUUUAGUAACCUUUGCCUACCCUGGUGUAGAUAUGUCCCUGCAAGAUCAAUUGGCUGCAGAUGCUUUUCUAAAGGGGUUGAAAGAUCAAAAGCUAGCCUAUGAAGUGAUGAAUAAAGAUCCAUGCACGCUGGCAGACGCCCAAAAGCUAGUGGAAGCACAUGAACACAACUACAAGGCUACAGUGGGGCGGGAAGUGGACCUGAAGGGUAGAACAAGACGCGUGUCUUGGGCUGAUGACAAUGACGAGAUGGCGCAUGUUUCUCGCCGGGUUCAAACCCCCACUUAUGUCACAGCUGACCAGUUCAAAGGCCUGUUAGAGAAGGUAGAACAAAUGCAGUUGACUCUUAGCCGUCUGCAACCAGUCAUGAGUGAACAAAGAGGGCAGAGGCACUCCGACGUUUCCCCGGGCAGAGAACAUGGCGUCUAUCAUGACCAAAGCCGCAGGCAGCAGCAGCCUACUCAGUCACGUAGCAGUGCACGCACUACCUCUGCAAGCCCUCCUAGAAGCACAAAAGGGCCCUGCUAUGGGUGUGGGGAAGCGGGGCACUUCAGGAGGGAAUGCUCCAGGUCACCUAGCCCAACCACCAGGCGUACUACGGCAAGCGAGCAUGACAUGGCCCAAGAGCAGACUCGGUCCCCAACAUUGACAAUCAGUCGUGCCACCAACCGAGGGCCUAGUCUUCACAUUACACUGAAGGUGAACAACACUCCAGUCCAAGCUGUAGUGGACACAGGGGCUGAGGCAACUGUCCUCUCUGAAGGGCUUUACAAGCAACUGUAUGGGCGUGACCCACCACAUCUAAAAAAGGCAGUUCUUCACAAUGCCGAGUCCAACAGUGAGAUGACAGCCAUGAGUGGAGUGCAAGUGGUUUUCCAAAUAGGAACCCACAGUUUUGACUGGGAUGUCUAUGUGGCCCCAAUCCAUGAUUGUCUUCUGCUCGGUCUUGACUUCCUCAGAGCUGCAAAUGUCACAAUCGAAGCUACUGGCCGGGUUUUUAUCGCAGGGGAGCCCAUUCCCGCUAAGAUUGUGGGCGGGGAGGGGCCAGACUACUCAGUUGCCCGUGUACUGCUGGAAAGAGAUACAACACUGCCACCAGAGUGUGAAUGUGUGGUAUGGGGAGAGGUGGAGUACCCAAGGCCAGGCGUCCCUGCUGUGUUGGAGCCAACUAGCAUUACAGAGAAUGUGUCCUCAGGAAGUGCAGUCACAAACAUGGAUGCUCGUGUGCCUGUGCGCUUGUGCAACCUUUCCUCAGAUAAGGCUGCUUUGCGUAAAGGGGCAUGCCUCGGAAUCCUGAUUGAGGCCUUCUCAGAUGACUCCACUUUACAGUCUGAACUGGACAUUGAAUGCAACUCAGACAAUGACCCCAAAAGUGCACCAAAGAUCGGCAGGGUCGUCACUGCUAAAGCCACUGACCUACCUGAACAUGUGCAAACUCUAUACACGGCAUCUGGAGAGACGCUUAGCGAGGAGCAGCAAGAGAAACUGAUUGUUCUACUGCUUAACUACCAGUCCCUGUUUGCUGUAUCUGACACAGACCUUGGCUACUUCUCUGCCGUCUCACACCAGAUAGACACUGGUACAGCCAGACCAGUCCGUCAACCAGCAAGGCGAACACCCUUGGGCUUUCAAAAUGAAGAGGAAACCCACCUUCAGUCUAUGCUGAAUGCAGGAGUAAUAACCCCCUCGUCAUCUGGAUGGGCAUCGCCUGUGGUUCUAGUCCGCAAAAAAGACGGAGGUGUACGCUGGUGUGUCGACUAUCGGCAUCUGAACAGCUUGACAACAAAGGAUGCAUAUCCUCUGCCAAAGAUUGAAGAGUGCUUAGAUGUGCUGGGUGGGGCGACAGUCUUUUCCACUCUUGACCUACAAAGUGGAUACUGGCAGAUUGCUGUAGACGAAAGAGACCGUGGAAAGACAGCGUUCAUCACGAAGUAUGGACUAUACGAGUAUACCCGGAUGCCCUUCGGGUUGUGUAACGCCCCUGGGACAUUUCAGAGGGCAAUGGAGUUUGCCCUUCGUGGUCUUCAGUGGGACACACUACUGAUUUACCUGGAUGACAUAAUAAUUCUAGGGAAAGACGUCGAGGAGAGCCUGGAUCGCCUGACCGAAGUCUUUGGAAGACUGCAGAGCUUUGGGCUGAAACUUAAACCGUCAAAAUGCCAACUCCUAAAGGAAGAAGUCCUGUUCUUGGGACACGUCGUUAGUGGUGAAGGCAUACGACCGAAUUCAGCACUUGUGAAGGAUGUACAGGACUGGCCCUACCCCACAGGCAGGCAAGAACUCCAAGCCUUCCUAGGGCUGUGUAACUAUUACAGAAAGUUUGUUCCAUCCUUUGCUGAACUAGCGAGCCCAUUAACGUACCUCUUGAAGAAGGAAGUCCAAUUUGAAUGGGGGGAGGAACAAAGAGAAGCCUUCCUGCACUUGAAGGAAAAGCUCACCUCCUCUCCAAUACUGGCUUACCCUACCAGUGAAGGGAAAUUCAUACUGGACACAGAUGCAUCUAAUCACAGCAUUGGAGCUGUACUGUCUCAAAAUCAGUGGGGUGAAGAGAGAGUCAUUUCGUAUGCAAGCAAUCACCUGACCUCGAUACAGCAGAGAUACUGUGUAACCCGAAGAGAGUUACUGGCUGUGAUUAAAUUCACCCGGCAGUUCCGGCAUUACCUUCUGGGGAGAAGAUUCCUCUUACGCACAGACCACAACAGUCUGGUAUGGCUCUUCAGGUUCAAGAAUCCCCAAGGCCAAUUAGCAAGAUGGUUGGAAGAAAUGAGCCAGUACGACUUUGAGAUUGAGCAUAGAGAAGGAAGAAGACAUCUAAAUGCUGAUGGCAUGUCACGCAAAGAUGGUGACGGAAGUGAAAGCUGUGACUGCUAUGAGGCAGGGCAAGAUGUGGCUUCUCUGCCAUGCCAUGGCUGUGCACACUGCCAACGACUCGACCAACAAUGGGCCAAGUUCACUGAGGAUGUGGAUGAUGUGGUUCCCCUUGCAGUCAGGCGUCUAACCACAAAUGAAGAUGAGGGAAAUCGAACAAAAGAACAACCAAAAGAUCCAGUGACAGAAGGGACAGGCACGCCUGCUACAAACUGGCUUCAGCCGGUUACCCAAGAAGAAUGGGCACUUGAGCAGCGCAAAGACCCUGUUUUAUCCAAGCUGCAUCAGUGGAUUGAAAAAGGAGAACUGCCCACACGAGAUGAGGUGUCCCUUGAAAGUCCUGCUGCUAGGAAGUACUGGCUGUGCUGGCCCCAGAUCGAGCUGCACCAUGGAGUUCUGGUCUAUCGUUGGGAGAGGGCGGAUGGAGGACAACCACGUCACUUGCUGUUAGUACCAACCUCAAUGCAGAUGGAAUUAAUCAGGGCCUGCCAUGAUCCACCUCAUGGGGGCCACCUGGGGAUUGAUAAAACUCUACAACGCCUGAAGCAGAGCUACCACUGGUAUGCGAUGGGAGGUGAUGUGCAGCUCUUUGUACAGAAAUGCCAGAACUGUACCACACGCAAGACUGCUGGGCCAACAACAAAAGCAGCACUGCAGUCGUACCAGACCGGAGCCCCCCUUGACCGCCUACAGUUGGACAUACUGGGUCCCUUUCCAGUAUCUACAGCAGGCAAUAAGUACAUUCUGGUCAUCAUAGACCAGUUCACGCGAUGGGUGGAAGCUUAUGGGGUACCCGAUCAAGGAGCAGAAACCACAGCUAGAAGACUUGUGUAUGACUUCAUAUCACGUUUUGGUUGCCCCCUGGAACUCCAUAGCGACCAGGGUCGCAAUUUUGAAAGCACUCUGUUUAAGACAGUGUGUCAGCUGCUUCAAAUCACCAAAACUAGAACUACGCCAUACCACCCGGCAUCAAAUGGCCAAGUUGAAAGAUUCAAUAGAACCCUCCUGCAGAUGGUGCGCUGCUAUGUGGACCAGAACCAAAAGAACUGGGACGAGCAUCUUCCCUUGCUUACGGCAGCAUAUCGUAGCACCAAGAAUGCCAGCACAGGAUGCAGCCCAAACAGACUCAUGCUGGGCAGGGAGGUCCACCAACCACAUGACAUCUGGUCAGGUGCAGCAGAGUUCAGACGGGACAGGUGUGCGGUUCCGGAGUUCCUGAGUGAGCUGGAGCAGGGCUUGAAGGAGGCACAAGAAACUGCUAGAGAACACCUAAAAGCCGCCCAGGAACGCCAAAAACGAACCUAUGAUGUCAGGGCCAAAGGAAAACCAUAUGCUGUUGGAGAUCUAGUCUUUGUAAAGGACAGUACCAAGAGAAAGGGAUUCAGUCCAAAGCUGCAACCGCCGUGGAAAGGCCCUAGCAUCAUUGCCUCCUGCCUGGGCCCAGUGCUGUACGAAGUGAUAGGGAAGCGAGACAGAAAGAUCCUGCAUCAUGACCGUUUGAAGCCCUACACAUCUGAUGUGAUACCUGGAUGGACGUGACGGAGACGGCACGAGAUUCUCCAGAGAGACCAGCCCCCUCCCAGCAUCGAAUCGCAUGGAGCACCCGGCGGUCAGCCAGAGGAUUCUUCAAGCUGCGCGGACGAGGAGUCAACGCAACAAGAACCUGGAGGACGCGGGCGUCAAAGAACUGCACGACGGCGCCGUCAGGCUCGUAAGACGGCUUGCCCACCUCUAGAGGAGACGGUGCCACCGGACCAGGAUGACAGCCCUGCAAUGCCCCUGCAGCCUCCUACCACGUCCAGAGGUCGCGAAGUCCGCCCCCCUGUCUGGUACAAAGCAUGAAUGGACUCUCAUCGAUAAAUUGUUUGAUAAGCUGCAUAGAAGACGCCACUUGGCCCCGACGAGAAGACAAU